CCUAAACCCCUAAUGGUUUGAUUCAUGAACAUAUGUUAAUAAGAUAAGUUGAUCUUAUUAGUUAUGAUUUUGACUAACCGUGGUCAAACCAUUAAUACCUUAUACCCUAACCCAUUAUAUACCCGUUACACUAACCAUAUACCCUAUACAUCGACUCUAUAGUCUAUAUACCCUAAACCCCUAAUGGUUUGAUUCAAGAACAUAUGUUAAUAAUAAAAGUUGAUCUUAUUAGUUAUAAGUUAUUAUUUUGAGUUUUUGACUAAUUGUGCCUAAUUUAAACCCUAUUAUAUACCCUAUACGGCUAUACACCAACUAAUAUUAAUACCUUAAUUUAAACGGCAACUAAAAAAAAUAGACAGUUAAUAAAAAAAAAAAUCUUCACUGGGUUUCGAAACACUAACCUUUUGCUUACUAAUCAAUAAUUCACCAAACACCCAUUAACCAACUCUGCUACCUCACAUUUUGAUACUUUGUGUUUUAUUUUAACUUUUAACAUCUACACUCGAAACUCAAAACUAAAUGCAAAGAAAGAAGAAACUUCAUUUGUCUCGUUCCAUAACCAUUUGCGAAUUGCGAUUUGAGCCUGCUCGGCUGCUCCCAGAAAGAAAGAACCCUAAAAUUCCAUAACCAUUUGUUCUAGCCGCCGCCUGCCAUACCCGACCGCCGACCCUCUCCUUCGUCUGUCGGUCCUUCGUCUCCGAGUCAGGCCUUCUCCGAAAUUCCAUAACCUCCGACCCUCUCCUGCUCGGCUGCUCCCAGAAAGAAAGAACCCUAAAAUUCCAUAACCAUUUGUUCUAGCCGCCGCCUGCCAUACCCGACCGCCGACCCUCUCCUUCGUCUGUCGGUCCUUCGUCUCCGAGUCAGGCCUUCUGCGAAAUUCCAUAACCUCCGACCCUCUCCUUCGUCGCCGACCCUCUCUGCUGUCAGGCCUUCGUCGCAGCGACGACUUCCCCGAAAUCUCUGACCUCCUCUGCUGUCAGGCCUUCGUCGCAGCGACGACUUCCCCGAAGGUAACUCAGAUUUCCGUGAACUGGGUGCUUACUGCUGUUGGUUUGACUGUUUGAUUUCUCCGUCGGGCAACUGAUGAAUGCUGUCCUGUGGAGAAUGGCCAUGGAGAAUGGCUGGAUAAAACUACUGAUUAUCUUCUGCCUUAACUUUAUCUGUAAUUUGGCUGUUCAUAUGGUAAGAACCGAAGCUGAGCUUCCUGAUCAGCACUGGUAAGAACCGGUGCUGCUUGUAUUCAGUACUUUACCUGAUUUGGUAACUGUUAAUAAAUUAAUUUGGUGUUCUGAUUGUUUGUCUCCAUUCUGCUGUUGUGAAUUUGCAGACAUGGAUCCUAAUAAUUCGGGAAGUGGUGUUGGUAGUACUACUGGUUCUAGCCCUUCUUCACCCCCUAAAAAGAAGGCUAAUUCUCGCCGCACAUCGGAAGUGUGGGACGAUGUAGAACUAUUUAAUGUCGUUGAUGACGAUGGAGUUCUUCUGGAGAAAGGAAAGUGCAACUUUUGUGGGAAGAUAUAUAAGGCGGAGUCAAGGCUUGGCACAUCUACUCUGAAGCGACAUAUUGCGGUAUGUAAGAAACUCCACCAACCAUCAGAUUUAAGGAAUGAGUCUACUGGUCCCAAUUGCAUAACUCAGGAAGGUUUUCGUGAGAAAUUAGCUAUAUGCACAAUUUCACAUGAUUAUGUUUUUAGAUGUGUUGAACAUAAAGGAAAUAGAGAUGUGCAUAGCUAUUUGAAUGGUCAGGCUAAACCUAUUUCAAGGAAUACACAUAAAUCUGACAUUGUGAAGAUCCAUGAAAGAAUGAAGGAGGAGUUAAAGUCUAGCUUGCAAAAAAUUUCUAGUCGUAUUUGUUUGACUAGUGAUAUGUGGACUUCAUUGACAACUAGAGGAUUUAUAUGCUUGACGGCUCAUUAUGUUGAUGAUGAAUGGAAACUGAAUAGCAAGCUAUUGAGCUUUACUCAUCUUCCUCCUCCACAUUCCUCUUAUAGAGUGAAGACGACCAUUUAUCGUAUGCUCAGAGAGUGGGGUAUUGAUAACAAGAUCUUCUCUAUCACCUUGGAUAAUGCUAGCAAUAUGACUAACAUGCAAAAUGAAUUACGUGAUCAGUUGAAUGGACAAAAUGGAUUGUUGUGUGAUGGCAAGUUCUUUCAUAUACGUUGUUGUGGGCACAUAUUGAAUCUUAUUGUCCAAGCUGGAUUGAAGGUGAUAAAAGAUGGUAUUAGAUCUGUGAGAGAAAGUGUAAAAUAUGUAGAAGGAUCUGAAGGAAGGAAAAUUAAGUUUAAGGAAUGUGUUGAGCAAAGUGGGAUGAAACAAACAAGGUCUUUGUGGUUGGAUGUGCCAACAAGAUGGAAUUCAACUUAUAAUAUGCUUGAGAGGGCAAAUCAUUAUCGUCAAGCAUUUGUAAACUUAGCAAGGAUGGAUUUCGAGUAUAAUGAAUGUCCAUCAUCUGAAGAUUGGGAGAAGAUAGAAGUGCUUAUAAAAUUCUUGAAGCCUUUUGAUGAAAUCACAAAGUUAUUCUCUGGAACUAAGUACCCGACUAGUAAUCUGUUUUUUGAGAAUGUUUGGAAGAUUCAUCUUGAGUUGAGGCUUCUUUGUACAAGUCUAGAUGAUGAUAUACGUGCUAUGGCAAAUGCAAUGAUGUUGAAAUUCUUGAAGUAUUGGAAAGACUACAACUUGGUGCUUGCUUUUGGGGUUAUUUUGGACCCUCGUUAUAAGGUUGCUUUUGUGAAUUAUUGCUAUGAAAAGUUGGGUGGAGAAUAUGUUUCAAAAGUCGAGGAUGUUGUGGAUGAUUUGGAGUUGCUUUUGGAAGAAUAUAAGAAUCAAUCGGCCACUUCAGCUACUCAAAGUGGUGUGUCUAUGACUUCUCCAAGCGUUCCCUUGGACAAUUACACUGCUGGGUUUUAUGCAUCCAAUAUCAACCACAAUACGUCAACUAGUUCUGAGUUGCAAUUGUAUUUGGCUGAUCCUUUGAUACCUGCAUUUGGGGACAUUGAUGGAGUCUCUAAGCUACUUCCUUUUGAUGUCUUGCAAUAUUGGAAGGACCAUCAAUUUCGAUUUCCUCACCUCUCUAAAAUGGCAAAGGAUGUACUUUCUAUUCCAAUUACAUCAGUUGCAUCAGAGUCUUCUUUUAGUUUGGGAGGAAGAAUAUUAACAAAAUGGAGAACUUCGAUUUUGUCUGAUACUCUUGAAGCUGUUGUGACAACUCGUAAUUGGAUACGAGGAUACCAAAUGGAUGACGAUGAUGAAGAUACGAGGGAUGAUGGAGAAGAAGUAAAGCUUCUAGAGUGAUCGUCAUUUGGAAUGUCAAUUUGUUGUUUGGACAUGUUUUAUUGAUAUUUGAGGUCUUGAGACAAUAUGAACUAUUAUGAGUCAUGUAUUCUUCUUGUUAUGAUCAGACUUUUGUGAACUAUUAUUAGUCUUUUUUAUGAUAGGACCAUGAUAUUUGGAUUUUAAAUCUUAUAAUUAUCUUAUUAUGCUAAACUAAUAUUUUAUAAUCUUAUGUGGACUAUUAGGUUGAUGAUGUAUCUAAAUCAAUAUAUUUGAUGAUGUUAUAUGAGUUAAUAGGUUGAUGAUGUAUAUUAUUAUACUAAGUUAAUAACUAAAGAUGUAAUGAUAAGACUUUAGUGAACUAGGAUUUCAAAUGUCAACUUAUAGUUUAUCUUCAUCGAAUUCCUUCUAUUAUAGUUGGGCCGCGGGUUGGUCGGGUUCAAUGCAGUCAAAAUCUAGAUUUUAAGUAAAAUCGAAAACUGCGGUAGAAUCGAAAUCGUAGAUUAAAAUCGUAAAAUCGUAAGAUUUUAAGGUUCAUAUUAAAAUAAAUACUUAAAACACUAGAUAGUAAUAAAAAUGCAUAUCUUUAAUAACAGUCAACUACAUGAAGCAUAAUUACUUCCCAAGAUAAGUUUGUUUGCUAAACAAACACAACUAAUCCAUAUAUUUUUCUUGUACAUAAUAGAAACACACAAAUAAGAAACCUGAAACAUUAUAGAUAUCACUGUUAAUUAAUUGUUAAGAGUAGAAAAUCACAUAAGAUCGUUAGGAUCAACAUUAACAUCACUUACACAUCAUCGUCAUCAUCCUCAACCUCACCCUCACUCUCAUCGUUUUUAUUUGUUUAAGGACUAAUAUCAUUACUCUUAUGAUCACUUGAAGUACUUUCACCAUUAACCAUAUUUCCUUGAUUACCAUCAUCUGGAAAAGAUAACUCAUUGAUCGAUGCAUUCCCUUCUUAAUUGAUAAAAGGUCGGGUUAGUGGUGCUGAAGGAUUGGGAGAUGAACAAAAGCUUGCAAUGUAAUGGAGAUUUGGAUUAUUGUGAGGGUGGUGGGAACAAACUACAAGCUAAUUGGGAGGGUGGAAGAUAUCGUUGAUGGAAGGAGUUGGGCGCCGACGUGCGAAAAAGGAAGAUACGAGGAAGAGAAUGACAAUAAAUUGAGGGUUAACUAUCAGGUUGGGGUUGUGUUGUUCAUUAUGUUGGAUUGGGGAAAGUAAAUUUGACUCGGUUCAUGGGCAUAACCCAACUUGACCGGUCUAAUUUUGAUCCAAUUGAUAUGAACCUUGAAAUCGUACAAAAUCAUAGAAAUCGUAGAUUUUAUGGAUUUUAGAGUUUUAAAUCGAGAUUUUAUGGGAUUUUAAGGUUCAAAGAUUUUACAGUAAAAUCAGGAUCGGAACCCAUAGGUAAGAUCGUAAAAUCGUAAGAUUUUAAUAUUAAAAUCGGGAUUUUGACUACAUUGGUCGGGUUAUGGGUUCGGGUUAGUCGGGUUGCGGGUUAAUCGGGUUGCGGUUCGAUCGGGUUGCGGGUUGGUCGGGUUGCGGGUCGAUCGGGUUGCGGGUUGGUCGGGUUGCGGGUCGGUCGGGUUGCGGGUUGGUCGGGUUGCGGGUCGGGCGGGUUACGGGUCAUUGACUUUUAGUCAAAUCGGGUUGCGGGCGGGUUGUGGGUCGGGUUGAUCGGGCGGGUUACUCGGGUCGGGUUACAUUUUGACAGCUCUAGGUAGAGUGUUGUUAUUCUAUCCGAGCCCCCUAAUAUAUAUUCCUCCUAAACCCUCAAUUGAAGGUGACUCCAAAUUCCAUUACGAGGACUAAGCGGCAAUAUUCUAUUUGGCAAUAAGACCAACUCUCCUGCUAUUUCCAAAUGCUUAGAUAAUAACUUUGUUAUUUGUGUUUUUUAGAAGAUGAAUUUUCAAUGAAUAUUGUGUCUGUCA